UGAGCACAUACACGGACUGCAUCUUUGGACAUAUCUGACAGUUUCAACCAUUCCCACAAUGAUCUCAUUUGUUUUCUUAUGUAUGAUCGUGUGCGCAUUUGGGGCGUCAGUUCAAUCACCCAAUGAACAAAUCCCUAUCGUACGCCUCGAAACGGAUGGACCGCAUGUGGAUGGUUCUUACAAAUGGCUCUACCAAACUGGCAAUGAAAUAAAUGCAGAGGAAUCUGGAUACGUGAAGAACUUCGGUAAAGGCGAGGGUGAGGAGGUGCAGGUAGCAGAAGGGAAAUUCAGUUACAAAGCACUUGACGGUACCCCCAUUGCCUUGACUUAUAUUGCUGAUGAAAAUGGCUUCCAACCGCAGGGAGAUCAUCUGCCUACUCCACCACCGAUUCCAGCAGCAAUUCAACGAGCACUUGAAUAUUUAAAGACCUUGCCACCAACUUCAUCUGCAAGCAAUUUGCAACCACAAUAUCAAUCUCCUGGCGCAAAAAAUAGAAGAUUUUAAACCCACCAUUAUCAAUGACUGAAGAUUUUUCACAUUCAUCAAUGUACAUAUCGCAAUCAUCAUUACUAGAGGAUAUCAAGUUACUUUUGUAACAAUUAUUAACGUCUAUUGUUUAUCAUGUAUAAAAAAAAUCAAAUUUUUCUAUUCAGGUGUAUAAAUAAAGCCAAUACUAGUUUUAUAAUAUACAAUGGAUUAUUUUUAACACCGGCUUAUGGCAUUUACUUCAUUUUAUCUAUCUUAAUUUAAAAAAAUAACAUAUAAUUUUUUUUUUUUUAUAUAAUUACGGAGACAGCAAAAAUAUUGCCACAAGAAUCUUUAGGGGGGAGAAAUUAAUCAUUGGAUAAGUUUUAAUUAAUUCAGUGUAUUAUUUAAUUUAACUUGUGUUACACGCGCUGAAAAUUUAAAGUUAUUUGUCGUAUAUAUUCACAGUAACAUUAUAAUACGUUUUGAUAUUUUCUUAUUGUCUUAAUAUAGUAUGACAAUAUGCCAUAACAUUACUUCAUAUUUUGGUUUCUUUUUUCAUACGUAUAAAUUAAUCUUUAUAAAGUAUGUAUUUUCUGUAGUUAAAAUGAAUAGAUUAGUUUUAAAAUUCAACUAGAUUUUUUUUAUUAUAAAAACUUGCCAAUUAUGCGAUUGAGCAAAAUAUCCAUCUUUGUUUUAGCAAUUAUUUAAAACUCAAUGUGUGAAAACUAAAUAAAUGGUUUGAAUACU